AUGGCAGAAGUCAAUUCAAAGACUUCCUCACUUCAUGUCGAGUCUUCCAAGCCCCUCAAUGAAGAGAAUCAUCUAUUUGAGGGACUCUCUGAUGAGGAAACACGCUUAAUAGAGAAAAAAUUGGUCCGCAAAAUCGACCUUCAUUUGAUCUCAGCAUUGUUUCUAUUGUUUAUUUUCAACAUCCUGGAUCGUUCUAAUAUUGCCAAUGCCCGACUAGGAGGAAUGCAGGAGGACCUCGGCCUUUCUGAUACCCAGUAUCAAACUGCUGUAGCUAUCAUGUUUGUGGGAUAUCUUUUGGGCCAAGUCCCAAGCAACAUCAUCCUGACCCGACUCAAAUCCUCACGUUACAUCCCAUCCGCUAUCUUCGUAUGGGGAGGAAUCUCGCUAUGCACAGCAGCAACCAAGAACUUCACUGGAAUCAUGUGUGUGCGAGUUUUUCUUGGAUUCGCGGAAUCACCUUUCUUCCCUGGGGCAUUGCUCUUGAUAUCCUCAUGGUACAAACCAUCUGAAAUUGCGGUUCGUGUGGCGAUUGUGUAUUGUGGAAAUACUGUCGCCAAUGGAUUUGGUGGACUGCUGGCAGCGGGUAUUAUGAGUGGAUUGGGUGGUAAGGGCGGGCUUGAAGGUUGGAGAUGGCUAUUCAUCAUCGAGGGUGCCGGUACGAUGGUUGCUGGAGUUCUUGCAGUGGCUCUGUUGCCGGACUUCCCUCGAUCUGGCAAACAAAAAUGGCUCACUGAGCAAGAACAACGUCUAGCAGAGUGGCGUCUUGCACGUGCUGCAAAUGAUGAAGUAGACGAGAAUGGCUCCGUGAAGGAAGCUCUCCGAGACGCUUUCAUUGACCACAAAGCCUGGAUUCUGAUUCUCAUUCAAGUCUGCCAGCUCUCAUCUCAGACCUGGACAUACUUUUUCCCAACGAUUGCCAAGACUCUGGGUUACAGCGAUAAUGUCACGCUGCUGAUCAUUGCACCGGUCUAUAUUUUCGGCUUCAUCACAGCGCUCGGCAAUUCCCUCAUCGCUACGAAAACUGACCAUCGAGCGAUCUUAAUUGUGUGGCCCCUCUGCGUGGAUAUUGUUGGCAAUGUGAUGGUCAUCUCAUCUCGCCUCACCGCCGUGCGAUACGUCGGAAUGUUCUUGAUGUGCGCGGGUUCAUACUCGGCUUUUAAUGUGGUUCAGGCCUGGAUCGCCAGUACAAUUCCUCGCACCCGAACAAAGCGUGCCAUUGUGUACGCACUUGUGAACUUGUUCGGCAAUUCUUCCAAUAUUUAUGGGUCAUACUUCUUCCCAACCUCGGACUCUCCUCAAUACCGACCUGGAGGAAUUACAUUGUCCGCAUUCGCUGCAGGUGGUAUCGUGUUGUCGCUUGUCCUGGCUGGAUAUCUUCAUGUGUUGAAUGUGAAAGCCAAGAAAGCAGAAGAAGAAGAUGGUCAAUCUCGAUAUAAAUAUAUUUGGUAA